CCUUCCAUUUACAUAGAUUCCAAACCAAACAUGAAUUCAGAAAGAGAAAACAAUAAUAAGGCCAUAGUGAAAACUCUUUAUAAGGCAUUAGCAUGUACAUGUGGUGACACUAAUAAAAAAGUUACCGGUAUUAUUGUUGAUGACUUAGAAUGGUGGUUUCAUGGACCACAAAAUUGUCACUAUAUGAUGAAACUUCUUACUGGAGAACUAUCUAAUAAUAAUAAUUCUUUCAAGUUUGAGCCAAGAAGUGUAGAUGCUAUCGAUGAUCGUGUUAUCGUUGAAGGAUGGGAAGGUGCAAAAGCUUAUUGGGUACACGUUUGGACAUUUAAAGAUGGUGUUAUUACUCAAUUUAGGGAGUAUUUCAAUACUUGGCUUACUGUGACGGAGUUGAGGCCUAUGGGUUGGCUGCGCUCCACCACACUGUGGCAGAGCCACCCUCGAGACCUCGUGAAACGCUCACUUCCGGGGCUUAUGCUCGCAAUUUGAGAGUGG